GCUCUUUAGACGUUUGACAGCACCAAAAUAAUCCAAUUUUAGGGAGUGAAAUUUUCAACAAUUUAAUCUGUAAACAUCCUUUUAAGUAAUAUCUGUUUUAAAUAAAAAAUAAUAAUAAAAUCAAAUAUGACUGCCCCUGCAGCCGGUGGUGACACAAAUAGAGGAAGAACUGUGGCAUAUAAGGACAAAAGUAAACCCGCUGAUGUUAGGACCAGUAAUAUUAACGCCGCAAAAGCUGUUUGCGAUGCUAUUCGUACAAGUCUUGGUCCUAGAGGAAUGGAUAAAAUGAUCCAGGCUGGAAAUGGUGAAGUGACAAUUACCAAUGAUGGAGCUACAAUCUUAAAGCAAAUAAAUGUCAUACACCCUGCUGCUAAAAUGUUGGUAGAAUUAUCAAGAGCCCAAGACAUUGAAGCAGGAGAUGGUACCACUUCUGUUGUUGUAAUUGCAGGAGCUUUGCUGGAUGCUGCAGAAAAGUUAUUACAAAGGGGAAUUCACCCAACAGCAAUAUCUGAAUCUUUCCAAAGAGCAGCACAGUUGGCCGUUGAAAUUUUAUCAGACAUUUCCACUCCAAUUGAAAUUACUAACAGAGAAUUGUUGAUUAAAAGUGCCUCCACUUCCCUAAACUCAAAAGUUGUUUCCCAACAUUCAAGCCUUUUGGGUCCACUUGCUGUAGAUGCAGUUCUUAAAAUUGUUGAACCUGGUAGGGAACAAGCUUGUAAUUUAUCAGAUAUCAAAGUUAUUAAGCAACUGGGAGGAACAGUAGAAGAUACUGAAUUAGUGGAAGGAAUUACUUUCCCACAAAGAUCUGCAAAUGUGUCUGGACCAAAAAGGAUUGAGAAAGCUAAAAUUGGUUUUAUCCAGUUCUGUAUUUCACCCCCAAAAACAGAUAUGGAUCACAAUGUCAUUGUGUCUGAUUAUGCUGCUAUGGAUAGAGUAUUAAAAGAAGAGAGAGCAUAUAUUUUAAAUAUCGUCAAGCAGAUAAAAAAAGCUGGAUGUAAUGUACUUUUGGUUCAAAAAUCAAUUUUGAGGGAUGCAGUUUCGGAUCUUGCCUUACACUUUUUGGAUAAAAUCAAGUGUAUGGUUAUUAAAGAUAUUGAAAGAGAAGAUGUCGAAUUUGUAUGUAAAUCUUUAGGAUGUCGUCCUAUUGCAUCUUUAGAUCAUUUUGUUGCUGAAAACUUGGUUACAGCUGAUUUAGUUGAAGAGGUUGGAGUGGCAGGAAAUAGAAUGGUCAAAAUUACAGGUGCACAAAAUGCAGGCAGGACAGUAACUCUACUGGUUAGAGGAUCCAACAAAUUGGUUCUUGAAGAGGCUGAUAGAUCUCUUCAUGAUGCUCUAUGUGUAAUUCGUUGCCUUGUUCGCAAGAAGGCACUUAUUGCCGGUGGAGGAGCACCUGAGAUUGAGGUGGCUCUUAAACUAGCUGCCAUGGCCAACAAACUGGACGGCAUUGAUGCUAUUUGUACAAGGGCCUAUGCUAAUGCCUUAGAGAUUAUACCAUUUACCUUGUCUGAAAACGCAGGACUGAAUCCCAUACAGACUGUCACUGAACUAAGAAACAGACAUGCCAAAGGGGAAACGUCUGCUGGAAUAAACGUUCGUAAAGGGGCUAUUACAGAUAUUCUCGAAGAAAAUGUUGUUCAACCACUUUUAGUUAGCACUUCAGCAUUGAGUUUAGCUACAGAAACUGUGAGAUCGAUCUUGAAAAUCGAUGAUAUUGUUAACACAUUCACAUAAGAUCUGCCACCUCCCAGUGAUCUAUUUUAACUUUCGAACACAUCUCAGCUUUAAUUUGUAUCAUGUAUUACGUAUUUUCAUAACGGUAUUUAAAAUCUUCAUUUUAUUACAUUACUAAACGUUUAUUUCUU